AUGUCUUCCCCGACCACUCACGAUCUCAUCGACGUCUCAGAAUUCAACUCUAAUCUGGCCGACAUCUCCUCUGCUGCCUCGCACGAGGUGCAGUCCCAGGCUGGUCCGUCUGACGCCAAUGCGCCUCUCCGCGCUCCCACCGGCCCCAAGUUUACCAGUGGCUACAGUCAUGGUCAUAGGGUCAUGCGCAACCCGCCAUGUCCCUUCUCCGGCAUUCCUUCCCCCCAGACGAUGCACCGCCACAUCCUCCACAAGAAGGAGGACAAGAAGUGCCUCAGCAUCACUCUUAUGCAACCGCCCGCCAUGCCAUGGAGCCCUCUCCCAUCAAACCAGAACAUGGAAACGCGCACCUGCUUCUACACCGGCUCCCGCGUCCACAAGCUGGACUGUGGUCAUACGGUCGUCGUGGCCCGAGACGCCGAGCCCUGCGCCGCCAAUUGCAAACCGCCAAUGUGCAUGAUCUCGAGCACCUCCUCUGCCCUUCCCGCCCCCUACGCAGCACCCAUCAACCUUGUGCGCGCAUCCACCCUCCGCAUUCUGCAGUCUCACGUAGAGUUCCUCGUCGACGCCGGCGACGCCCUUGCGCAAGCCAAGUUCGCCGCCCACGCGGAGAUCCUGUCCAAGGUCUGGGAUGCCCAGGACAAGACGCUCGCCCCUCCGAAGGACCUUAUCUCCGGCAACUUCUCAUGCGCACUUUGCGGGACGGUGGGCAUGAGGGCGUCCAGAGCUGCAGCUGUGGUCAAGGGCGCGCCGUAUCACUGCGUCCUUGUCGGCAAUGACACGUGCGAUGUCGCCAUUAUCAUGGAGUUGGAGAAGGGCGUUCAGCCCUCAGCAAGUUCUCCCUUUGGCAGUUUCAAUGGCAACCUCCGGAACCAGAACAAGGUUCCUCCGCUGAAGCGACUUGGUGUUGCGAAUGACAGGGGACAUCGGCGCUCGAGCGCGAUUGCGGGGGAGAGGGAGAGUGCUGGGGAUGUUAGGCGGAGGAAGAAGGAUGCGUGGCAGUCAGUGGUGAGGAGGAGAGAGAAGGAGGUGGUGAUGGGAAAGUUGAGGGAGGAGUGCCUCAUGGAAAAGUUGGGUGGGAUGGAGUUGGAGAGGUGA